AUGUCAGCCAAAAAGCCGAACCCAAGAACUGUGAUCGCGAAUAUUUCUCCCUCCUCUUCUUCAGAGUCCGACUCAGAAGCACAAGUGUCACUAAAUGGCUAUGCCAAUGGAGUAAUGAAAAAGCAGUCUCGGCUUUCACGUACACAGAAAUUCAUGGCCCAAGAUGUUCAUGAAGACUGGGCCGACGUGAUCCUGAUAAUUCUCAGUUUUAUCUCUGGCAUGGUCGACUCAGCAGUCUUUAACACAUGGAGUUGCUUCGUGAGUAUGCAGACAGGCAAUACUGUCUACGUUGGCCUCGGUGUGUCAGGACAGCCACACAGCCAACCAUACCGAUGGGUCAAAUCCAGCACUGCAAUUGCAUCCUUCUGCUUCGGCUGCUUCUUCUUCUCUCGAGCCUCUCGUGUACUUGGACCACUCAAACGUGGUACCAUGGUCUCUUCUUGCAUAUUUCAGGCAUUCCUAUGCUUUGCGGCGGUCGCAAUGGUCAUCACUGGCUUCGUGCCGAAGGACGCGGGUGACAGACUGCCUCAUGACUUCAUAGUCUUGCUACCACUCAGCCUUCUGAGUUUCCAGUCCGCAGGACAAAUUGUCAUGUCACGCUUUUUAGGCUAUAAUGAGCUUCCAACUGUUGUCUUGACAUCGACUUACUGUGAUUUGUUCAUGGACGCGAGUCUGUUUACUCUUCCAGUAGCUCGUGGAGGUAACCUCAAGCGUAAUCGAAGAUUUGUGUCUGCCUUCGCUCUGGUCAUCGGGGCUGCGAUCAGCGGCUUCCUCACACAGAGUGGUGAUAUCGCACACCCUCUUUGGAUCACUGGAGUGCUGAAGAUCAUUAUUGCUGCCGUGUGGGUAUCAUGGCAGGGAAAGGGAACCAUUCGGCUGGAAUAG